AUGAGUCGGGUUAUAUCAAAGACUUCUGAGAGUUACAAUCUCCUCCAACCGCCACAGGAUGAUAUUGAUCGACACAAAAAAGCUACAAGUGGCUCCUCAUCAAAACAAUAUUUCGACGAUAUUAUCCCGAUUGGAGAGAGUGAAGUGAGAGAAGUUCUGUUGAGAGAAGCGAAAAGGCACAGAUACUGGAAGAAGUCUACCGUGAAAAAGAUGCAAAUUGAGGGGCUCGAGGCGUCGAUUUGUCUCAAGUAUAAUCUCGAGUCCUACACGGAAGCUCGAUCAACUGUCGAAACAACAGAGGCUUAUGUACCUGGAGCAACUAUAGAUGCUGCCUUUGAAAUCUCGGAUUUAGAUUUGGGACCAGCCCACACGCCGAAUCCUUGGGAUUUCGAGGUUUUUCCGGCAACCGUUUUUGUCGAUCAAGUUCGAGUUCAAGAGAUCCCGGGAACAUCUCGUAUCAUCAAAUGUGUCACUUGUUCAUCCGAUGGAACAAUUCAUUGCUUUUCUUGCAGAGGAUCGGGUUCUGAUAAGUGUCGGUAUUGCAGAGGAACCGGCAUGAAAUCCGGAGUUGUGCAUCCGGCAGUAGCGAUGCAUCCUUUAAUUGCUACAAUUCCACAUGCUGACACCUCACGUGGUUUUGCCUCGACAAGCACGGCAAUGAUGGGUCAUCGAGGGCCGAAUGGAGUUGGUGGAACGUAUGGAUUGGGGACACCAAUGCAUUUCAUAUCAAAGACAGGAGUGCCGCCACCUGGCAUUGGCAGACACGAUCUUUGCUUUGUUUGUCAUGGUGCUGGAGUGGGUGAAUGCAGUCAAUGCCGAGGAAGUGGAAAGAAGCCUUGUUCAAAGUGUGGCGGGAGUGGAUCGAUUCGAUCAUUCUCAAAGAUGAAGAUUUUCUUCAAAACUGAAGCCACUGAAUACUACACUGAGUCGCCAAUACCUGAGAAAUAUUUGCGAGAUGUGAAUGGAAAAGAAAUAUUCUGUGAUGAGCAACCAUAUGUACUACCAAUCACCAGAUAUCCAAUGAACGAAAUUAAUGAAGCAAGCAAGAGAAUUUGUGCUGAACAUCUACAGAGAUGUCUUGGGAAUUGUCGAGUUAUAAAGCAACGUCAUUCCCUUCUCGCGAUUCCUGUUGCUCAAGUUCGAUAUUCGAUCGGUAAAGAAGUCGGUCUAUUUUACGUAUUCGGACGUGAACGAGAGUGCUAUGUGCCGAAAACCUCUUCGAAAUGUACUAUUCUU